GGAGCCGAUACCUAGUACUGUUUGUUGAAACGAGCAGCGCGGACGCAUUCUACUGCGCGGCACAAAGAGGCGCGCACGCGCGAAAUUUAAAUCGUGUAGUAUAAUAAUCGUAUAGGAACUACCGGCAACAUGAUGCUCGCCGGUGCCCAAAUAGUCAGCGAAGAUACUGUGGCUUACAAGAACAAUAGCGAAGAAGUCACCGCAAGCCCUGAAGGAGGGCACUCACAAAAUGGCCAAACAACAAACACACUCAAAUCCCCAAAUGCAGAACCUGUGGACAUUUCCUUCUCAAACAUCACGUGUACAGUCAAUCUAGGUUUUAAUAAAGGAUCAAAGCAAAUUCUCCAUGGAGUCCACGGGAGGCUACUUCCUCGGCAGCUUGUCGCCAUCAUGGGUCCCUCUGGCGCAGGAAAGUCUACGUUAUUGGACGUCCUCUCAGGGUACAGAAUCAGCGGCGUGGGAGGAGCAGUCUUCAUCAACGGUAGAGGCAGAAUCAUGAAAAAUUUCAAGAAGAUAUCAUGUUACAUCCAGCAGGACGACCGUCUGCAGGGUCUGCUGACCGUCGGGGAGAACAUGGCCUUGGCAGCGGACCUCAAGCUGCCCACUACGAUGGACAAGUACGACAAGGGCGAAGUAAUUGAAGAAAUUCUGACAAACUUGGGUUUGUAUGAGCAUAUAAAUACGAGAGGAUCGCGUUUGUCUGGAGGCCAAAAGAAGAGGCUCUCCAUAGCUUUGGAACUCAUAAACAAUCCACUCAUAAUGUUCUUGGAUGAACCUACAACAGGUCUGGAUAGUUCUUCCUGUAGCCAAGUGGUCCAGCUCUGCCGUUCCUUGGCGCACCAGGGCAGAACAAUCGUGUGUACUGUCCACCAGCCGUCCGCAUCCUUGUUCCAGCAGUUUGACCAGGUGUACGUCCUGGCGGCCGGGCAGUGCCUCUACCAAGGAACCACCGCCAACUUGGUGCCGUACCUAGACCAAACUGGCAUUCCUUGCCCUAUUUAUCACAAUCCUGCUGACUACAUUAUUGAAUUAGCGUGUGGAGAAUAUGGGGAGGAUAAAAUUCAACUGUUGACUUCAAAAGCUGAGAAUGGUAGAGCCCUGGAAUGGUUCCCAGAAGCAGACAAGAUCCCCACCAUGGAAGGUCUACGUAAACAGUACCCACUCAGCAUCCUUAGGGACCAGGAUCCAGGGAAUAAUGAUGAAGAGACUUCUCAAUCAAACCAAAGAUCUGUUCUGAUCAGACGAGGUUUCUUGAAAGCCAAACGCGAUUCCACGAUGACUCACCUUCGGGUGAUGGUGAACAUUGUGGUCGGAAUUAUGCUGGGAGUGCUGUUCAUUGAAGCUGGAAAUGAAGGCUCCAGGGUACUGCAGAAUUACAACCUGUUGUUCGCCAUACUGAUGCAUCAUAUGAUGUCUCCAAUGAUGCUUACUAUACUCACAUUCCCCUCAGAAAUGUCAGUUCUGUCCAAAGAGCACUUCAACAGAUGGUACUCGCUGGGCUCCUACUAUAUCUCUAUAACUUUGGUGGAUUUACCCAUAUCGAUAUUCGCGUGUGCCAUAUUCAGCGUGAUCGUGUACACGAUGUCGGCCCAGCCGCUGGACAUAGUGCGUUUCUCCAUGUUCUUCGUCAUCUCCCUGUACACGGUGCUCGUCGCACAGAGCUUCGGUCUCAUGAUCGGGGCCGCCUUUAAUGUUGUUAACGGUACAUUCCUGGGACCGACUUUAUCCGUGCCCAUGAUGAUGUUUGCUGGCUUCGGGGUGACCUUACGUGACCUACCGCCGUACCUGUACUGGGGAUCUUACUUCUCAUAUCUUAGAUACGGGCUGGAAGGUUUCAUAGGAGCCAUCUACGGUUUGGACAGGCCCGUGCUGGACUGCGAGGACGCCCUGUACUGCCAUUACAGGAACCCGAGCGUGUUCCUGAAUGAAGUGGCGAUGUCCCCUCACAUGUUCUGGUGGGACGUGCUGGCGCUCACCGUGUUCGUGAUCGUGCUCAGGAUAGCCGCCUUCCUGCUGCUUAAGUGGAAACUGACGGCUGUGCGAUAAACUGACUUUUUUAUAUGUGUUUUCGUCGUCUAUUGGCCGAGAAUGAGUUUUAUUGCAGAAGUCAAAUAAAUAUAACUUCGAUUUAAGACUGUCGAUGGUUAUCUUCAAGAGUAAGGUUCCCCGGAAAUUAUUGCGGAGGCCAGACUGGGAGUCACAGGAUCAUGGUCAAAAGGUGCAUUCCGAACACUCCCCAGAGAAUUGUGAUUAUAAUCACGAAUUACGCCAGGGGGAACAAGGAUGAUUAUCUUUUUCCGUUGAGCUGGUAUUCUAUAACCAAGUUUUUGAACUUACUUUAGGACUAGCUCAAUAGGUGUAAUUUGUUAAGUUAAUGUGUUUUUAAUUUUCGGGAUUGUACAGAUUUUUCGGCGAUUUUAAAGUAUGUAAUAUGAUGUUUUUAUAACUAUGGAAGAUAUAGACCCUGAGGUGGUCUAUCACAUUCCAUAUAUAGCCACAUAACAUUAUUAUUUCUUCGGUGAAAUAAACUCUAUUCUCGGUUAAUACAACUUUGAAGCUUAAGUCAUACAGGGUUAGGUUAAGAUUAGUGAAAAGUGACAUGCCAUAGUCGUAAGCGAAAGGGAUAAACAAUUUUAUUGACGGUGACAUUAUGUUAUAAUUUCGCGAUUUUAUAGUCAGCGAUAACACACGUCGACCAUAUUCAGAAAUUAGGAGUCGUUCGAAAAAGUAGGUACUAAAGAUUACAAAUUUAUUUAUAAACACAAAACACAUACUGAAAAUGCCAAUAUUGCUGUGAUUUAUUAUAGGUACUCGUUUUUGCCGGGGGCUUUGCUUUCGGGUAAUAUUAAAUUGUUUUCUAAGCACUAUGCCUACUGUAGUCUUUUCCGACGUGCAUGUAUAUGUGGCCGAAUGCACUAAAAUUAAGUUUGAGCGUAGACUAGGGAAUGAAUUAUUAUAUAAGUAUAUAUGUACCUACGUACUUAUACCAAAUAUACUAGAAACUUAUUUAGAAAUAAAAAUUGAAGACAAUUUAUUAUUCGAUGUAUAACGUUACAUGCUUGUUUGUGUAUUUCAAUUUUAUAGUUUAGACUAAAUAUAUAAAAUAUGAGAGGUUUUUAGUUACUAAAAUUAUGUUUUACAUAAGUUCUGUACCUACAUGUAAAGUAGGAAAUGUACACAAAAUAUUUGUGCCUUUUAUGAAAUAAGAAUGUGUACGAAGUUAAAGUAGGCACUGCCAUUUGUAAAGGUACUUAUUCCAAUUACUAUUUCCAUAGUGGUAUAUGUAUCAAAAAUAAAUUAAAGCCUAUUAAGGGAAUGUUAAAAUGUGAUGAUAAAAGCAUUUAUUUUAAAUUAUUACAAUAUAAACCCAUUAUGAAAAAGUUAACUACAGACAAUUGAAACUACUAAUCAGUUACGCAAAAUUGUUAGCUAAUGCCAGACAAAUAGGCAAUUAUGUAAAAAUCUAAAUUAAGAUCUUGUUUACAGGUUAUACAGUUUUAAAAUACUUUUAAGGAUGAUUUUUCUAUUACAAAUUGAUUUUACUUUACAAAUGGCGGUACAUUCUGGAGAACUAUCUUGCCCACAGAAAUCGAUAUAAUAUCUAUAUAUUCAGAUUUCUAUGAUCAUGCAUUAAUAUCGCUUCGUUAGUCAUUAAGAGAGCUCAAUUAUUGCUCAAACUGCAACUAUUUAUUUUUAGUCGAGACGUAAUUUUAUUGUACUAUUUUAAAAAUAUGUUAAAAUUAUGAUCGCUAUGUAUGUUAUGCUAAGUUUUUACAAUGUUGUAAUAAAAAAAAUACAAAUUC